UAUUUAAUGCCGUGCAAAAAGAAAAUUACAAGCAUACACUGAAAAUAGGUCAUUAGUCCCGAAACCCUACCUCACUUGGAUGCAUAACGCUAAACACCGGUGAAACCGAUCUCUCUCCGCCAUUGCAGACCGCCGCCGCUCCCAAGAAAGAUUGUUUCAGUACAAUAUUUGUUAGGAUCUCCUUCCUCUCCGUACACUGCCAGCGAUCUGUUAGAACCAAUUUCACAUUCGUUUAUCUGCCCUUUGAACGAUUGAAGUCAGCGGUACUAAAGUGAAAUUGAAGUGAAAAAUAGUCUUAAUCGAGAUCCAAUGAAGCACAUUGUAAAGAUUAUGGCUUUGCUGGUAGCCCUUUCAGCUAUCUGGAUUAGCCUAUUACAGACAUCAGUGCUUCCUGAAAGCUAUACUUGGUUGCUACCUCUCUACUCCAUUGUAACACUUGGAUGCUACGGUUUAUUAAUGGUUGGAGUUGGCCUUAUGCGGUUCCCAACUUGCCCUCAGGAGUCACUUCUAUUACAAGAGGAUAUUGUUGAAGCCAAGGGAUUCCUUAAGGAAAAAGGGGUGGAUGUUGGUUCAGAUUGAUCGAUAUUAUCAGUUCAUCUGAUUUUAGGUCUGUUUCCAUAGUUAUUGCAUUUUCGAAUAUGAAAUGUGUCUCAGUUCUAUGAAGAGAGUAUAGAUGAACAGUUUGAAUAGAAUAGGCACAUCUUUGUGUCUCUGACUGAAUUUGACACAGUUUACUCGAGCAUUGUGAGUUUAAUUCGUCGUCUUAAAGAGGAAAAGAGACUAUGUAUUGUUUAUGAUUGUUUCUUCGGAAAUGACAAUGACCAUUCAUUAUACAAAUUCAGGUAGCAACUAUUUUGGAAAUAUUAUCUCUCUUUAGAUAGCAACUCUAUAUUAGUUCCUCAAACCAAUGUUCUGGUAAAUUUUGAGCUUCUAGUUUCUACUCUGCUCUGUUUAGCAAUACUUACAUACCAGCUUUACACUUGCUUGUGUAUAUAUCUUGUCAAUGUUGAAUAAAGAACCUCUUCAUCUAGAACAAGCUGCAUGGACCAAACAGUUUCCACGUGUCUACCUGUCGUACAAGAAAUGCUAAAUGACAAAGAAGAUAGAAGCUUCUAUUCCAUUUCCAACAUUGAAACCUUCGUGAUAGGACUUGGAACGUUGGCCAUUUGACAAAGGAAUAUUUGUUUGGAAGAGGAGCGAGUAAAACGCAAAAUUCUUUUAGCAUUGUUGUUUCGGUUUCAAACCAUUUGUCUUGGUCUAAAAAUAUAAUAUAGUAUAAAAACAAUUUGUAUCAUAUUUCGAAUUUCUUGAUACUCUGUGUUCUUUGGUCAUAGCGAAGGGGAAUAUUCAGUUCUCUUGCAA